UGGGGAGAGGUUGUGCGCUCCGUCCGAUCGCCUUUGCAACUGUUACGAAAAUAUCCGUGGAUUUAGUUUUAGUGUAGACGUAUGUGUGUGUUUGUGUUUUUGUUGUGAUUGUAAUUGUAUGAGUGUUAAGGAUUUUACGAGCAGAUGUACACUGAAGUGAUGUGCGAGUGCGUCAUGGUGUGAUCAAGAUGAAGCUGUGGAAGAGCCUCAAGAUCUCGAUCGGCAAGACGGACGCUAAGGGCUAUCCACAUGAGCUGCCGCAGUGGAGCGAACAGGGAUAUGAGCUCGACGUGUUCAAAUCACAGACAUCGCUAUCAACUGAUUCGGGACUUUGCACCGAACGUGGCUUACGGAGAACCCACAUAGAAUUGGUCAAGCCUCCUGGGAAGCGAAUCGGUCUUAAGCUGGCAGGUCGUUCCGAACCAGGGGUAAUACCAUCCAUAGUGGGCUUCACCAAAGACUCCGUGGCCCACGAGUCAGACCGCUUGGCACCAGGUGACAGGAUCUGUAGCGUCAAUGGCAUCUCCACAGCACGGCUCACCAAUGAUGAAGUAUUGCGCUUAUUGGAUAACGUGGAAGAGAGGGCGUCGCUGGAAGUGGAGUACUAUAUGCCUAACUAUGCAUCCCAAAACUCCCUGUACAUAACAACGAAGCUAGCGGAAGUUCCUGUAGAGAAGAUAAACGGUUCCCUUGGCAUCACUAUACGAGGUGGUCACCCAGAGAACUCUGCUCCCAGCGCUGAUCUGGUUCUGAACAGCCGGUCACUGGAUGCUCAACCUCUGGUAGUGACCCAUGUUAGACCGGGAGGAGCUGCGUAUAACACAUCUAGAAUAAAACCUGGGGAUCGUCUGUUGAAAGUUGAUCAUAUAUCACUCACAAACAAAACGCUCUCCGAAGUACAUCAGAUCCUACAGAACUGCCCCCAAGUAACCAGCCUGACCAUCGAAUACGACGUGUCCAUCAUGGAAUCCGUGAAGCUGGCCACCGGACCCUUGCUCAUUGAGAUCGAGAGACCCUGUAAUGAGGACCUGGGUUUAUUUCUGAGUAAUCAAAGAUAUUCUGAUGACGUAUACAGUUCGGGGUCGGAUACGUAUCAGCGUGUAGGGAGUUCCAAUGCUAUUUAUAUUGAUAGCAUUCUACCGGCUAGCAUUAGUGACAGAUGUGGUGCUCUUCAUCCUGGUGAUCAGCUGCUAGCUUUCGACGACCACGUGAUCGAAGGCAGCAACUACACAGCUGAAGAAGUAAUGUGCUAUUUGGAAAACAGCGAGCCUGGUUACACGAGGCUGCAUAUCGCUCCACGGCAUAUACUGGCGCAUGGAGGCAGGUUUCCUAGAGAAAACUCAAUAUCCGGUACUUUGAACCCCAAGAAACAUCGCCAGCGGUUUCGACAGAGUUCCAUGCCAAAACUGGGUAUCCCUGAUGAUUAUGAUAAUCAACAGAACUACAUGAACAUGGGUAUAUGCCGAACGGAGUCCCUGAACAUACAAUUAGAAGUGCCUCCAGGGCAGAACAGCGGCUUGGUAGUACAUGAGGAAAACGCGAGUCUGAUUUUAUCACAUAUUGCACCGCAAUCACCGGCUUAUAGAUCUGGCUGCUUGCAAAUCAGAGACCGAGUCAUGUCCAUAAAUGGCCAUGAGAACCUCACCAUAGACGUUGCUAAUGAAAUACUCCAGAGGAGGAAUGACUCGCACAAUCCUAAGUACCUCACCCUGAAUGUUGAGUUCAGUAUGCCCAAUACUAUAGAAGCUUCUAGCGGUGUUUUCAAUGUUAAACUGGCGAAGACCACCGCUAGUUUAGGAGUUACUAUUACUGGAUGUAAACAAAAGUUACUAAGUAACGAAGAACCUAUGGUGAUAUCAGAUAUCAAGCCAGGGUCCGUAGCACACCGGAGCGGAGCACUUGCAGCUGGGGACCAGUUAUUAGCAAUCAACGGACAACCUCUUCAUAAUUUGUCACUGGACACAGCGUUCAACAUCCUCCAAAACUCUCCAGAAGAUAUAAUAACUUUGAAAAUUCGUAAACGUGAUUUGACAGAAGAUUGGUCGAACAUACAUAAACACAACGCUAAACUAGCGCUUCAAAGUUUUAGUAGUGUAGAAACAAAAGCUGUUAUUCAUAGUGAAGAAGAUUCUGGCCAUACAAAUAGUCCCAAUAAUUGUGGGAAAGAUAAUGGAAGACAUGUUGAAACAGCUGUGUUUAUGGCAGAGAUUAUAAGGCAAGAGGCUAAUGGUCCUCUGGGGUUGACGAUUGCUGGUAGCGAGGAUGUAACUCAACCUAUUUUGUUAAGUGGACUAAUUGAAGGUGGUCUAGCAGAAAAAUGUGGUAAAUUGGCAAUUGGUGAUGAAUUAUUAAGUAUAAACGGUGAAAGCGUCCUCAACAAGCCAUUAUCAGAAGCAAUUAAACUUCUACAGCAAAGUGGACAACGAAUACAGUUGCAACUGUGCAGAAAAGUUACUGGAGGAGCCGUUAUAGACUGCGGCGAAUCCAGCGUUAGGGACUCCAGCCAUUCCACAUCCAGUCCAGGGCUUUCCAAUGAUAGUGCCGUGGAAUCCUGGGACCAAAACACCCCUGUUCGCACUAGCGCUGCUUGUGGCAAUUCUGAAGUAAUCGAAUACGCCGUUCCAGACAAGACUCGAAUAAUAGAUAAGCAACCGUACUCCCCGACAGACGAAGACAAACUUAUGGCUUCCAAUUUUAAUACAUUUAUCCAAGAUCUGCCUUUACCGAAUUAUUCGCUUAAUAAUUCACUUAAGACUUUUCAUUACGAGAACACUUGUAUUAUACCAGAGAAUACGAUGAAGAAACAGAACACAAGAGAAGAUGAUGUACAGCAAAUCGAAAUAUUGACGAGUAAUAUGAAAGAUUGCCAGUUACAUAACAUGGAAAGGUCGUCGUGUAAAUGUGAUUACGUACAAAUGGGACCCUACAGUAUGGUUACGAAAGGAAGGCGACCGAAUUGGGAUUCUGAUUACCUCAAUAAUGGGAUAUAUACUGUGACAACGCCGCAGAAAUCACCUAUGAAAAAUGUGGCCGGUUCGAGUUUUCAAUUUUCAAGCCCGAUAUAUGAAAAUGAUGUGCCAGGUCUAUAUAGCAGUGAAACACUAUCCCCAGCACGUGGAUCUGUCCACCACGUGAUUCUAUAUAAAGACGCAAUUUAUGACGACUAUGGGUUUUCUGUGUCUGACGGAUUAUAUGAGAGGGGUGUAUACAUCAAUAGGAUAAGGAAGGGUGGGCCAGCUGAUAUUGUGGGGAUGUUGAGGCCGUAUGAUAGGAUUCUUCAGGUGAAUGGUACCCGGACUGUCGACUACGACUGCUGCCUUACCGUGCCUUUGAUCGCAUCAGCUGGUGACCGGCUCGAAAUAGUCGUACAAAGGCUAGCCACUUCUAGGGACCUCAAAAACAUCCGCAUAGAAGACAAUUCCAGCCCCAGUGAAAGUAGUAUAGUGACAAAAACUAUUUAGGGUAUAACCCGACUAUAAGUAUUGACACUCAAAUGUGCUAACUAUGAAGUGAUUGUAUGCAUAUUUUAUUUGUGCGUAUUAUAGUUGUAAAAAGUGUAGGUGCUCAAAGUAAUUUUAUCAGCUAUGUAUAUUGUGCAGUGAGCUUAUGUGGUGAUUAUUAUGAUAAGGUGUGAAUUUUUACAUUUUGACUUUCAAGCCUAAUAAGUGUGUGUUUUGAUUAGUUUAGGUACCUAAAGGAGAUAGAGAAAUAUAUCACAGAAUAUUCAUUUGAAAGUAACUAACGAAGUAAUUUAGAUAUGUAAAUUCUAAGUGUUCCUUAUGAUUCCACGAGUGUUAAAUAUAGGUUAUAAUAAUUGUAAUAAUUGAAUGUUUAUUUUAAGAUGUAUUUCCAUAGUGCCUGUAAAGAUUUUUUAGUACUGGCGCCAUGUCCAGAUUUGUGAAUCUAUCAAAAAUGUUUUUUUUUGUCGAUAGGGAAGCGCUUGACCACAAUCUCGUCUGAUGUUAAGCUGUGAUGUGGUCUAAGAUGGAACGCGCUUCCCUAGACCUUCUUUGAUGACCUUUUUAGAUAACUCAUCAAAAAUAUCAAGCAUAGACAAAUAUAUUAUAUCAACAACAGUUGGGUUAUAACCCUUACAAGCACAUAAAAAUUUGUAACACAUGAAUAAUGCAUACGUUAUACUUAUAGCUGUCACGCACACAAGGAUACCAGUUGGAUUUUUGCCAUGGUAAUUGCAACUCUAUGGGACUCAAUCAUAGAGUUGAAUAUUAACUCUAAUGUCACACACACAAGGAUAAACCCAGUUGGCCUAUUUUUGUUAAGGCAAUUGCAACUGUAUAUAGUCGAUCAAAGAGUUGAAUAUUAACUGUACUGUCACGCACACAAGGACUAUUCAUAUGUUUAUAUGACUAUUCAUUUAGCCUGUUUUUGUUAUGGCAAUUGCAACUCUAUAUAGUCGAAGAAAGAGUUGAAUAUUAGGUAACUGUACCUAGAUCUGCUUGUAAAUCAGAUGUAUCUUAUUUGCGCAAUACAAUACAGUUUAUACUUGUUAUCAUUUAUUCAGCAACAAAAUCUCAUUGUGACAAUGCAUUUUGUAAAUUAACUUGCUCAGAUAUCGUCGACUGCAUUUCGGUUUGGCUUUCAUCCAACCAGCUAUCUGUACUACUAAAAUCUUCCGAAAAUAUAGCAUUUUAAAUUGUGUUGCGCUAUAUUUCAAAAUAGAUUCUGGCAACUAUUGUGAAUCAUGCCAAAUGUCUGUUACAUUUAUUAUUUUUGUGACUUUUACCAUAUUCCGUAA